GCACGUGGAGUGGCCGGGUAGCAAGAGCUGCUGCUCCAGCCCAGCCCCAGGAAAAGAUGGAAGAUAUAAAACCAAAUGUAGAACUGAAAAGCACUCAGGAGCAGUCUGUGGCCACAGAAGGUCCAGUGAUUUUAAAUGACUACAAUUUAACCAAACCUCAUGAAACAGAAAAUGUGGACAGUGCCGAAUGCCCAACCAAUGAAGAUGAAGAUAUAGGAGAUGAUUCGAUGAAAGUGAAAGAUGAAUAUAGUGAAAGGGAUGAGAAUGUUUUGAAGCCAGAGCCCAUGGGAAAUGCAGAAGAGCCUGAAAUUCCUUACAGCUAUUCAAGAGAGUAUAAUGAAUAUGAAAACAUUAAGUUGGAGAGACACGUCUCGUAUGAUAGUAGCAGGCCGGCCAGUGGCAAGAUGAACUGCGAUGUGUGUGGAUUAUCCUGCAUUAGCUUCAAUGUCUUAAUGGUUCAUAAGCGGAGCCAUACUGGUGAACGCCCAUUCCAGUGUAAUCAGUGCGGGGCAUCUUUUACUCAGAAAGGUAACCUCCUCCGCCACAUUAAACUGCACACAGGGGAAAAACCUUUUAAGUGUCACCUCUGCAACUACGCAUGCCAGAGAAGAGAUGCACUCACAGGUCAUCUUAGAACACAUUCUGUUGAGAAACCCUAUAAAUGUGAGUUUUGUGGAAGGAGUUACAAGCAGAGAAGUUCCCUUGAGGAGCACAAGGAGCGCUGCCGUACAUUUCUUCAGAGCAGUGACCUGGGUGAAGCCGCAAGUGCGGAGGCAAGACACAUCAAAGCAGAGAUGGGAAGUGAAAGAGCUCUCGUUCUGGACAGAUUAGCAAGCAAUGUGGCAAAACGAAAAAGCUCAAUGCCUCAGAAAUUCAUUGGUGAGAAGCGCCACUGCUUUGAUGUCAACUAUAAUCCCAGCUACAUGUACGAGAAAGAGAGUGAGAUAAUACAAACCCGGAUGAUGGACCAAGCCAUCAAUAACGCCAUCAGCUAUCUUGGUGCCGAGGCCCUGCGCCCCUUAGUCCAGACACCACCUGCUCCCACCUCAGAGAUGGUUCCAGUUAUCAGCAGCAUGUAUCCCAUAGCCCUAACCCGUGCCGAGAUGCCAAAUGGUUCCCCCCAGGACCUGGAAAAGAAGAACAUCCACCUGCCAGAGAAGAGCCUGCCUUCUGAAAGAGGCCUCUCCCCCAACAAUAGUGGCCAGGACUCCACGGACACUGACAGCAACCAUGAAGAACGCCAGAAUCACAUCUACCAGCAAAAUCACAUGGUCCCUCCUCGGGCCCGCAAUGGGAUGCCACUUCUGAAGGAGGUCCCCCGCCCUUAUGAACUCCUCAAGCCCCCACCCAUCUGCCCACGAGACUCCAUCAAAGUGAUCAACAAAGAAGGGGAGGUGAUGGAUGUGUAUCGGUGUGACCACUGUCGAGUCCUCUUCCUGGAUUAUGUGAUGUUCACCAUUCACAUGGGUUGCCACGGCUUUCGUGAUCCAUUUGAGUGCAACAUGUGUGGGUAUCGAAGCCAUGAUCGGUAUGAGUUCUCAUCUCACAUAGCCAGAGGAGAACACAGAGCCAUGCUGAAGUGAACAUCUGAUCCCGGAGAUGAUUCACGCCUGAGCAUUCAACAUUGUUUUUAAAAACUGAUACCCCUGCCUAACAAGUCACUCUCAAAAACAAACUCAGUUCCAAACUCUUUUCCAUACCACUUUUAUUUGGAGAGUCAUGCUCACAUGGGCAACAGAGAAAUGCUGUCUCCAUUCAGAAGUUGUUUGCAGAUAAUGCCAAUGUUACUACUUUUGUGAAAUCUUUGUUUUCCCAUCAGGGACUUGAAUUUUAUGAUAUUUAAAAACCAGAGAAGUAUUUGGUCACUCUUUUGCAUCAAUAGAACAGGCAUUCCUUGGAAUUUGUUGACAGUCAAAAGAGUCCCCUGUAGUGCUUCAUGAGACACUCUUUCUGAGAUAUGUCAGCCAUACGUGCAAAAGCCUUUGGAUCAUGAGCCCAGGUCCACACAGAAGAAGAGCUGACCAACUGACCUUGUUGGAAGUCUUGUCCUUCUGCACUUAACAAAAAGUGGAAGGGUUAGGAUCUAAUCUCCCCAUCCCACUUAGAGUCUAAUAGUAAGGAAAAGAAUAGUCAUAAAAUAAGU